AUGAUGGCUGCUCGUCGUGGGGAAUUGUGUGCCGUCUCGACGUACGUUCAUGUUCAUCCCCAGGUAGUGCUAAGCAUUACCAAGCACGCUGCAAGGGUGCGGCGCGGAAUGCGUGAAGUGGAUGGGGUGCGGUUGUCAAGGAGAUAUGCAGCCGGCAUUCUUUUGGGGAGCGUUUCGGAUGUGUACGAAUGCGAGGUCACGACGUCGUUCGAAGCCGUUGACAGCUGCUCAUCACAGAGCGGAGCCGUGUCUGCCCUUGAUUGGCCGGCGAUGAAGCGCAAACGGGAGCAGGUUGCUAACGUGUUACCGGGGUUACACGUGGUUGGCUGGUAUGCCGUCGGAUGCAACUUGAGUGACGCUGCCCGAUGGUGUGCAGUUUUCGACACCGGAAUUCGUGAGAUUAUUGAAGACCAUCCCUCCACUGUGUUGCUUGCGUUGAUCGUUGACACCAGUGAGUCCGUGGGAUUUGCCUCCUCCCGAAUGUACGCAUUAAAGGUCCGUCAAUUUCACUUAACCGACUCCCAAUGCCAGGAUGCUCCCACCACCACACCUGAAAGUACCACCCGAUUCCUCGGCGGCGUCUCUCCUCUGAUUCCCAUUGGUGCUCUAAACUAUGGAAAUCAUGUUACGAUAAGGCUGCCCCAAAAGCCGCAACUCGCGGUUGAGCUGGUGAGGGUGCGGCAUGUUUGUGAAACCGAUGAUAUAACAAGGGUCGGGUUGGACGCUUCCUCUGCCGGCAUUUGUGCAGUUCCCACUGGUUCCGUGGAUGUGAGUGGCAACUCGACGGCAUGGGAGCGCCUGCUGCGGGUGCAACGUUCCCUUCGUUUGUUAAGGCGACAGGUGCUUGUAGUCAUCAAGUAUCUCACCGCCAGUCAGCAGGGUAGCUGCAUACCCAUCGACAGCGAAGUGCUGCGGCAUGUGGGGAAGAUAUGCGAUGUUCUUCCUUCCAUUGCAUCACCUGUAGCACCGCCUACACGAUGUGAAGACAAUUCCGUUACUCAUAAUUUGCGUGAGAGUUGUGCCCUCAUGCUGACAUUACUCUCACUUCACACAAAAUGCGCAACUGCAUUGCGCGUCAUGGCGAAGCGUGACCGGAGAAUAGUUUAA